AUGUCAACCGCCACUCCCUCGCGGAGCACGUACCACACCCCGACGGGAUCCGGGUCGCGCACAGCAGCAGGAGCAGCAGCAGAAUGCACCCCCGAGAUGCGCGACCGCCAAGCGCGCGGCAAGGACCCCUACAAGGACAGCGAGAGCGACUACGACGACGAGCCGGAGAGGCGGGUGCGUCUGGGCAGGGGGGUCAAGACGGAGCCGUUCGAGGACAAGGAGCGGCGGGGCUUUGCGCUGAGCGUGCUGGAUAGCCCCGAGUCGCUGAUGAUGUAUGCCCUGAGUGCGGGCGAUGUAUGUGCCCCCCACCCCCAAUGA